AUGGACUAUAAGGAAGAACAGCUCCAGGAACUCGAGGUGCUCGAGUCCAUUUACCCCGAUGAGCUCGUCAAGGAGUCCGAUACCCGUUUCUCCAUCACCAUUAGCCUUGACACCAAUACUACGCGGGCUCAUCGGGCGCUUCUCGAAGUACAAUACCCUGAAGACUACCCUGAAACCGCCCCCACGCUUACAGUUACCGUCGAUGCUGAUGAAGACGACGACGACGACGAUGAAGACGAUGACGAUGACCUGAACCAAGUGCGUGAUUUGGCCGAGGAGAUCGUGCUUGACCGCGACGACGUCAAACAGCUAGAGGCCCAGCUCGCCGAGGAAGUGGAGAUGAAUUUGGGGAUGCCGAUGGUGUUUGCCCUUGCCACCAAGCUUAAGGAUGACGCCGAGCUUAGGUUCACCCAGAAAGUGGCGGCGGCUCAGGCGCAAUACGACCGGGAGAUCAUGGAGCGAGAGAAGAAAGAACAACAAAAGUUUAUCGGCACGCCGGUGACCAAAGAGCUGUUUGCCGAGUGGCGAGCCAAGUUCCGAAAGGAGAUGAAGAUCGACGAGCGGGACCAAUUGCGCUUCCAGCAAAUGCACCAGGGGAAAAUGCUGGGUAAAGAAGUGUUUGAGAAGGGGCUCGCCGGCGACGACGACGACCUCGCCGAAGACAUGGCCAAGCUCGAAACGUAA